CGCGAGUAGAGAGCAGUGUGCCGAUUGGUCAGAACUGAUGGGACAGGAGAUUUACGGACGAUGAUAGGACAGCUACCGCAUUGAAGAUGUAUUACCUCCACGACCUCGUAUAAAAAAGUAAAAGAACAGUGAUUUAUUCUACUUUAUCUCUUUAUUAUCGAGCUUUCUCAUUCCUCAUAUUCGAUGAGGUGGAACUGAUAGCAUGCAGCCGAGGGACAGAACAUUGUAAAUAGCAACAGUGCGCUCAGGACAGGAGGAGGUAAGCCGAUUAUGUUUCCAAAGGAAGUCCGUAAAGCAAGGCAGUUGGGGUCAGAUGAUCCCUAUCAGGAUAGAACUAACUUCAAAGAUAGUGGUUUGACUUGAAGCGAGUACCGGUAGUAUAUGGGUCUAUUCAGCAAAUUAAAAUCAAAACACUACGAAUGUUAGGUUAUUGACUGGGGUGUUCGUGAAUACUCUGGCUGCUUUAUUGAGUCUCCACUUUUACUCGCACACCGGAAGAAUCACAGUUCUUAAACCCUGAAGAGCCACCAUUGAGCCGAUGCCUCCAACACGUCUCUGUGUGUGUCAGUAAAUCUCUUCAGUCGAAUGUGACAAGUGACAACGUUAAGAUUAUACAGUGAGGGAAAAAAGUAUUUGAUCCCCUGCUGAUUUUGUAUGUUUGCCCACUGACAAAGAAAUGAUUAGUUUUAGUCUAUAAUUUUAAUGGUAGGUUUAUUUGAACAGUGAGAGACAGAAUAACAACAAAAAAAUCCAGAAAAACGCAUGUCAAAAAUGUUAUAAAUUGAUUUGCAUUUUAAUGAGGGAAAUAAGUAUUUGACCCCCUCUCAAUCAGAAAGAUUUCUGGCUCCCAGGUGUCUUUUAUACAGGUAACGAGCUGAGAUUAGGAGCACACUCUUAAAGAGAGUGCUCCUAAUCUCAGCUUGUUACCUGUAUAAAAGACACCUGUCCACAGAAGCAAUCAAUCAAUCAGAUUCCAAACUCUCCACCAUGGCCAAGACCAAAGAGCUCUCCAAGGAUGUCAGGGACAAGAUUGUAGACCUACACAAGGCUGGAAUGGGCUACAAGACCAUCGCCAAGCAGCUUGGUGAGAAGGUGACAACAGUUGGUGCGAUUAUAUGGAAGAAACACAAAAUAACUGUAAAUCUCCCUCGGCCUGGGGCUCCAUGCAAGAUCUCACCUUGUGGAGUUGCAAUGAUCAUGAGAACGGUGAGGAAUCAGCCCAGAACUACAUGGGAGGAUCUUGUCAAUGAUCUCAAGGCAGCUGGGACCACAGUCACCAAGAAAACAAUUGGUAACACACUACGCCGUGAAGGACUGAAAUCCUGCAGCGCCUGCAAGGUCCCCCUGCUCAAGAAAGCACAUAUACAGGGCCGUCUGAAGUUUGCCAAUGAACAUCUGAAUGAUUCAGAGGAGAACUGGGUGAAAUUGUUGUGGUCAGAUGAGACCAAAAUCGAGCUCUUUGGCAUCAACUCAACUCGCCGUGUUUGGAGGAGGAGGAAUGCUACCUAUGACCCCAAGAACACCAUCCCCACCGUCAAACAUGGAGGUGGAAACAUUAUGCUUUGGGGGUGUUUUUCUGCUAAGGGGACAGGACAACUUCACCGCAUCAAAGGGACGAUGGACGGGGCCAUGUACCGUCAAAUCUUGGGUGAGAACCUCCUUCCCUCAGCCAGGGCAUUGAAAAUGGGUCGUGGAUGGGUAUUCCAGCAUGACAAUGACCCAAAACACACGGCCAAGGCAACAAAGGAGUGGCUCAAGAAGAAGCACAUUAAGGUCCUGGAGUGGCCUAGCCAGUCUCCAGACCUUAAUCCCAUAGAAAAUCUGUGGAGGGAGCUGAAGGUUCGAGUUGCCAAACGUCAGCUCGAAACCUUAAUCUGCAAAGAGGAGUGGAACAAAAUCUCUCCUGAGAUGUGUGCAAACCUGGUGGCCAACUACAACAAACGUCUGACCUCUGUGAUUGCCAACAAGGUUUUUGCCACCAAGUACUAAGUCAUGUUUUGCAGAGGGGUCAAAUACUUAUUUCCCUCAUUAAAAUGCAAAUCAAUUUAUAACAUUUUUGACAUGCGUUUUUCUGGAAUUGUUUUGUUAUUCUGUCUCUCACUGUUCAAAUAAACCUACCAUUAAAAUUAUAGACGGAUCAUGUCUUUGUCAGUGGACAAACAUACAAAAUCAGCAGGGGAUCAAAUACUUUUUUCCCUCACUGUAGACCUUGAAAAAACUGCAUUGGAUAAAAGCAUAGCUACAUUAUAUCAUAAGUGGUGUCACACAUAGGCUGCACACUGCCAUAAUUGAUUAAUCUCUUUCUUUCAAUAGUCUUUGUUCAAUUAAUAAUGUUAGGCGACUAAUAUAAUGUGCAAAUACAUUUCACCUGUGAGUGAGAAAGCUGAUGUUUAGUGUUGUUACUGAGUUUUAGAAUGACUGCAUUUACAAAGCUACACUUCCUUUAUUUUUAGAUUCAAGAGAUUGAGGACCAAAACAAUCCGAACAACAAAAUCAACACUAAUGGCUGGUAAGGAUUUGCAUGAAUUGAAAUUGACACACAGCAUGCAUAUGUUUUGGUACAUAAUCAUGGUGUUCUAUAAAAAGUCAUUUCCUGUAAUGUUUGGCUAGUCUCUCAUCAACCAAUCAUACAAACACUAGUAUCUAGCCUAACAUGACACACCUGCCAAUGCCACCGAUGUAUUAUUGACUCAUGAAAUGAUUGCCAUAUCUCCAGCAGAGAAUAACUUCCCUCCAAUACCGGGGUUCAUCCCCCUGCAGCCGUGUUUCUACCAGGACUUUGAUGAGGAGAUCCCUGAACAGCAUCGCACCAUGUGCAAGAGACUCUACCACCUGUGGAUCUGUGAGUGCCCACGGCCUACUACCCACAGCCCAUACUAGAACAACUCUAGUCAGCCACUCUGUCAUAGAGUUCACAUAUUUAGGGGUUAUGAGUUGUUAUACCUCUUUCACACUGCUGAGCCUAGCCAAGUGAGCCUAGCCAAGCUGCACUGCGCUGGCCUGAUUACACAUCAACCAUAGUUGCUGGAACUGUGCUGGAAAGGAACAUGUAAAAGGAAAAUAACUGUGCAAGGACAGUACGGUUCAGGAAGCCACAAUAGUGUGAAACAAGUUUCCCCUCUGUGCAGAGUUUUUGUGUAGCCCUCUCUCCAGUGUCGCCUACUGUUUAGAUUAGAUCAUUGUGGUGAACACACGAGAGCUGACAGUUAACCUCUCCCAUGCCACAUGGGUUGUCUUUAUCCACCACAGCUACAAAGAAUGACAGAGGGUGUUCUGCUGUAACUAGAUAUUUGUAUGUCAGUGGCGGUCAGUGCCGUUUAAGAUGAGGGAGGACCAUUUUUAAAAAUGAGCAUGGCCUUAUUUCUAUUACAGCAUAUUGGAUGACAGUCAUUCAUAUUACAUUCACCCAGCUCAUUGUAACAUCGAUAGGUUUAGGCUACUACAUGAUACUCAAAUUAUCCCUAUACCCAUCAUGAGGUUGCUACAAUCUAGCCAACAAAUUAAAGUUUACAAUGUGGGUGCACAGGUCGAGAGAAAAAUGUGAGUAAUCAAGGUGACAGACAGUAACACAUUCAAUACCACCUUGCACACUCUUGCCUGCAUCUAGCUGAUCUAAGGCGUAAUCAUAAGUCCAACAGUUGCAAACGAGAGUUUCUAUUGGACAAAUUCAGGUAUGUUUAUCCCCGUUUUGUUCCAUUUGCUUCCGUUUAAGAAACGUUUUUAAUCAGAAUAGGCGGGAUGAAUACACCCCUGAUCACCGCAAACACAGUUCACUUUCAUAGUAGCCACAUACAAACAGCAUGAUCAUUUGCUCGUUGUAUAAUAUAUUCUCAGAUCUACGCACUCUUCUCCUCUCACAUUUUCCCUUCGGUUGUGGACUUCAGUGCACAAUACAACAGCUGUCUGUGACCAGGCGAAAAAACCUUUCCAAGUCAAACCUUCAUACCAUAACUGCUAACCGGUACACACAGCCUACAUCAUUGUCACCAUAUUAGCUAACGUCAUAGUCAACAUAGCUAGCUACUAGAAGUAAUGCGCUAAUAAACCUGCUACAAUCAUGCAGUACAGUGUACAGCAAGCAGUUUAGCAGUUACACCGGCGGGCCCCGGUGGCAAUAAAUUAAUAAAACCAAAAGCUUACCAUGACUUGGAAGAGCUCCAGUAUUGGAUAGCCAUAGCCAACUAGCUAACAUAGCAUCCCUCUCUGUUUGAGCCGGGUGUUUGAGUAGGCUAAACUAGCUAUCUGCAUUCGCUAGCUAGGUAAGUGAAAGUGAAUGUGAAAAAAUAAUACAACUAAAUAUAGCUAGCUCUCGCUCUCUCUCUCUCUCUCUCUCUCUCUCUCUCUCUCUCUCUCUCUCUCCUCUCUCUCUCUCUCUCUCUCUCUCUCUCUCUCUCUCUUGCUUCUUCAUUUUUGAAAAUUUGUAUUUGUUCAAAACUGUUCAACUAUUGUCUUUAUCUCUUUGAGUCAACUACUCACCACAUUUUAUACACUGCAGUGCUAACUAGCUGUAGCUUAUGCUUUCAGUACUAGAUUCAUUCUCUGAUCCUUUGAUUGGGUUGACAACAUGCCAGUUCAUACUACAAGAGCUCUUAUAGGUUGGAGAACAUCCUCCGGAAGUCGUCAUAAUUACUGUGUAAGUCUAUGGAAGGGGUUGAGAACCAUUAGCUUCCUAGGUUUUGUAUUGAAGUCAAUAUACCCAAAGGACAGAAACUAGCUGUCGUCCGGCUACACCAUGGUGCUACCCCAGAGAGUGCUGUUAAGGCUACUGUAGACCAUUGCAAAACAGUGUGUUUUAAUCAAUUAUUUGGUGACUUGAAUAUAUUUCAAUUUCUGAAAUUCACUGAGGAGGAUGGCCCUCCCCUUCCUCCUCUGAGGAGCCUCCACUGGUGUAUUUGUCAUCCAGGCCCAUGGGAGAUUAUGCAUUUGCUGCCCCUUCUUCUCAUCUAAUGACUUAUCUUUUACUCUCUCUGCAGAUCCCCCCAUUAAGUGAUAAACAUUUAAACAGGUAUUCUGUACCUCUGCGUUUGCACUUCUACACCACUAACAGUGUUGAUGGAAUAAACUCUUUUAUCCUUCCUCUCAUUCCUUUUGUGUGUUGUGCUUGCUCUGCAUGUUUGAUGUUUCUAUGAUUUCAGUCAUUCUAAAAUGUAUUUUAAUCCCUUAAACUCAUCUCAUUGAAUAGUCACCCUUGUUGCAUUGAAUGAAUAGACAGAAUUGUACAGAAAACAACAAAAGUACUUCUAGCCUUCACUUUGUUUCUUUGCCGGAGAUGAAAAAAGGCUAAUCACUUAAUGAGUCUAUUAUUAUAGCUUUGGUUGGGUUUGUAGCUCAGAUGUAGGGAUAUCUCUUCCCUUUGUGGACCAGUAAUUGAAGCUGAUUGGCUGCCUGUGGCAGUUCUGUGGAGCAGGCUGGAACUGAACCCCUAGCUCACGCAGUGCUCUAAUUACAACCAAUUCCAUCUUAAGAGGAGUAGGUUUGCUAGAUUACUGAGACAGAGCAAAACAGAGAAGAAGAAAGAAAAUGUGGACACCCGCAGAAAGGGCACUCAAGGAACCGGAGUGGACAGAAAGUGCACAUUUAUCUAAGAGCUAUUCUGACUGAGUGGAGUGUAGCACUUACUGGCUCUCUAUCCUGCCAUGCACCAUGGUUCCCUGACUGGUGUUAUUGUUAUACUUUUGCAUUGUUCUACUGGUGUGAAUAACAGUGUGUUCUCCCGGUGGUGUGUUUUGUAGUGCAUGCAAUCACCCUGGCUGUGAAUCUGGUGGGCUGCUUUGUUUGGAUGCUGGGUGGAGGGGGCGUGACAAAUUUUGGCAUGGCCAUCAUAUGGUUGAUUCUCUUCACCCCCUGCUCCUAUGUGUGCUGGUUCAGGCCCAUCUACAAGGCCUUCAAGUAAGUGGAUUUCAGACACACCCAUAAGGUAUCCAACUACCACUAGAUCAUUUUAAAGCUAUAACUAGGGCCCAUAGUUUUUCUUGGUCAGGCUAUGUGGUCAGGAAAACCCUCCAGUCCUACUUUGACACCAUUAUGCUUGAUCAUAGUGAUAUACUGUCAGUCAAGGGAAAUCAGUUACCACCAAGAAAAAUCUUGAAAAGUGAUUUACUUAUUAACAAGUACCACACUGUAUAAUGUGUUGUGUGUCUGUGGACUUACAAUUCCUUUUGUUGUUCUCCUAGGACUGACAGCUCGUUCAACUUCAUGGCGUUCUUCUUUGUGUUCAUGGCCCAGGUGGGCAUCAGUAUCAUCCAAUGCAUAGGGAUCCCAGGCUGGGGAAACUGGUAAGACUAACUGGUUACACAUUAAAAUAACCUUAAUUAAUAAGCCCAUUAUGAAUGAUUAUACACAUGUAUUAAUGCUUAGCAAUUCUCCAUAAAGUAUUAUAAAUGAAAGUUAUUGUGUUACCGACAAACUCUGUUUAGCCAAAAAAAUUAUGUCUUUAAAACGACAGCAGUAUAACCUCCUACAUUACCACACCCUGUCAUAUCAUUAACAAUGCCGUAGGUGACAGUCAGGAAAUAGCCUCACUCAGGACAUUUAUAACUUAAUUCUGUCAUUUGAGUUUAAGGCUGUUAAGGGCUAAAUGUCACCUGGCUUCACUUUGAUUAGCAGAUAUCAUUGUAAUGGCAGCUUCCAUCAAGUGUAUAAAUGUCAACAUUCAGAAAUGGAUGGUUAUAUGUGUGGGACAUAAAACCUUUUUAAGGCUGAUCCACGAUAUUAGCCGACUACAUAAAGUGAUCCUGAUCGCUGUCAUUUUAAGUUCAACUGUUCGUUAUAGCAUCAUGUCUUCUACUAUUUUGUGAAGUGGAUUACUUUACUUUACUACAAUUGAUACCAUUGUCAUGACGAUGAUGAGGAUGAUAAUAGUCUUAUUUUCAGCAUCAAUGAGAGUUUUAGCUUUAGCUUCAGUGCAUCAGUGUUCUCAUAAAGCAUUUAUCCUGCAGACAUACUGUACACUGAGUAUACAAAACAUUAAGAACACCUGCUCUUUCCAUGACAUAGACUGAUCAGGUGAAUCCAGGUGAAAGUCAUGAUCCCUUAUUGAUGUCACUUGUUAAAUCCACUUCAAUCAGUGUAGAUGAAGGGGAGGAGAAAGCUUUUUAAAGAAGGAUUUUAAAGUCUUGAGACAGUUGAGACAUGGAUUGUGUAUGUGUGCCAUUAAGAGGGUGAAUGGGCAAGACAAAAUAUUGAAGUGCCUUUGAACGGGGUAUGGUAGUAUGUACCAGGCACACCGGUUUGUGUCAAGAACUGCAACGCUGCUGGGUUUUUUACGCUCAACAGUAUUCCAUGUGUAUCAAGAAUGGUCCACCACCCAAAGGACAUCCAGGCCAACUUGACACAACUGUGGGAAGCAACAACAUGGACCAGUAUCCCUGUGGAACGAUUUCAACACCUUGUAGAGUCCAUUCCCUGACAAAUUGAGACAGUUUUGAGGGCAAAAGGAGCUGCAACUCAAUAUUAGGAAGGUGUUCCUAAUGUUUGGUAUACUCAGUGUAAUGGAGCAAAUGGUAACUGUCUUCUUCUCCUCUACACCUGUCAGCGGCUGGCUAGCCACCAUCUCUUUCUUCAGCUACAACCUUUGGAUCGCCUUGCUGAUGCUCAUCCCCACCCUCUUUUUCACUGCCACGGCAACGCUGUCCUUCAUCGCCCUCACCAAGGCAAGUCUGUGUCCUCUGUGUUCCGUCACAACCAUGGGAAACGUAGAGCAUGAAGAUGUUUAUGGUUUCACAGGACUGGUGAUCUUUAUGUCACUCACUCAUGCCCAUUGUGCCGGCUGGUGCAUAGGGAAGCAACAAAGGUCUCCAUUGCUCUCUGUCAUCUUUAUGUGCAGCCUGACAUUUUCCUGUUGUCCUUCUGCUCCUUCUCUCCAGGUCCAUAACUUCUACCGUGGCAGCGGGGGCAGCAUAGGCAAGGCCCAGGAGGAGUGGACCACAGGGGCCUGGAAGAACCCCCACAUCCAGCAGGCAGCACAGCAGGCAGCUAUGGGGGCCGCCACGGGGGCCAUGAUGCCGGACCAACAGUACUCCAGCAACACCCCACAGUACAACGACAACCAGAUGUAGGGGGAUGAAGUGGAGGGAGGGAGGCAUGUCAAAGCAUGAGCAGGAGUUGGGUAUCUGUUUAUCCCAUCCCAAUAAAGUGUGUCUCUAUCGCAGCAGCUCUUUCUAUAGGGCAGGGGUCGUCAACCUUUUUUUUGCCCAGGGACCCCCUCCCAGGCAAACGGGCAACCCAGGGACCCCCAUCAUACGUUAGCAAUUUCUUCUCACAUGUCUUGUCUUAACAUCAAGUGAAUGAUAAUGGCAAGGAGAAAUAAUCAACAUUUAAAAAAUGAG